UGCUAACUGGUAAGAUGCAGGUAGGUGGAUUUUGUUGUCUUUGUUGCACAGAGCCAGGUUAGGAUGUUUAUGAUAAGAUAUUUCCCAAAUGUGGAGCUAAGGCUGGUGUGUCCUCAGCAGAUGUUUACCUGCAGAGAGAAGAUGGCAAAGUGUGUGUGUGUAUGUGUGUGUGUGCGCGCGCAUGCACGUGCCCGCCUGCUGCAGUGAGAGGAAGAUGGCUCUUGCCUACAUAAUCACACACUCUCUUCACUUUGGUGGCAAACCGCCCCCCACCACCACCACCACCAACACCACCUCCUCCUCCUCCUCUCACAUCCAGUCCCUCCCUCCACCUCCUUCUGUCUGGGGCUCUGUGCAUUUCUCCCAGAGGAUCUGCAGAAUAAUCACAGAGUAUUCACAUCAUGCAGCAGGUCUCGGUGUUCCCAGCAGAGCUUUCAGCCCAGCAGACAUCAAGCUGGAGCUAAUUUAAACCGAGGAUCAGUAAUUUACUGUAGAGUUUCCUCUCUUUUUUAAAAAAGAAAAAAAAAAUCACAGCACAAGGACUUCUUUCAUAUAUUUUUCUGCGUCAUGUCUUUUUAUAUCGUCUGACUUUUUCCGUGUUUUGAUGUUUAUGUGAGGGGGAUUAACAGGCCCACCAUGGUUUUUCCAACAUAAAUCAACAGUUUUUUUCUACGUUUUAGUGCAGGCUGCUUUCUGUUUACCUAUAAGAGGGAAUGGGAGGAUCUCACUGGGUAUAUAUUUUUUUAAAGCUAUAACUAGAUUUUCUGAAAGCGGGUAUGGGCCAGUUCUUCGCUCAGCAGAUGGGUCUUUCGAAGGUAAAACCACGGGGAUCAUUCUGCUUCAGAUGAAAUGAGCAGCUCAGGUUUUUGUUUGGAUGAUCUGCGACAUGGGCUGAGCGCCUGCGAUGACUCCUUUCUCCUGAAAGCUGUUGAAUUAUCCGAGGAUGGGCAACGGAAAACGGAGACGGACGAAGCUCCAACUCAUCGACUAGACUGUAAUUAAAUAUCUUCACCUGUACACGCGGAAAGCGCGCACGCGUCAGCACGGGACAACAACCGAGCUUUGAGCACACCGGAUUGGAAUUAAAAGCGUCAGCCAAAUUUCCACUCGCUAAAUUUGAGGUUUCUGCAGUGGAGUUUGGUUGUGAUAUCGUUUGGCGUGAAGUAUCUCUGUCACUCCGUCUCCUAACCGGACAAUGUGGCUCCCCCGCCUCGCGCUCCUGCUGCUGCUCCUCCGGUUCUCCGGUGUGCUGCUGGUGGAGGGGAUCAACACGUGCCAGUCCAUCAACCUGGACAAGCAGAAGUCCCGUCGCAUCGAGGCGGUCCGCGGACAGAUCCUCAGUAAGCUCCGCAUCCGCAGCCCGCCGGAUGAAGACGAGGACCCGCCGCCCGGCACGGUGCCCCCGGAGGUCAUGCUGCUCUACAACAGCACGCGGGAGCUGCUGAAGGAGCGCGCGCGACUGGCCGAGUCCGCGUGCGAGCGCGAGAGCAGCGAGGAGGACUAUUACGCCAAAGAGGUGCAGAGGAUUGACAUGCUGCCCCCCCGCACCGACACAAAUGUUGUGCAGCCAGCGGCCCCAAAUCCCCACUACAGAGUGGUCCACUUUGACGUCAGCGGAGUGGACCUGACCAACAGCACCCUGGUCAAAGCUGAGUUCAGGAUCUUCAGAGCUCCCAACCCACAAGCCCGGGCCUCAGAGCAAAGAGUAGAGAUCUAUCAGCUUCUGAAGCCAGAUGAAGAGAGCACCUCCACUCAACGUUACAUCGACUCCCGCACCGUUCAGCCGAAGGCGAAGGGAGCCUGGAUCUCUGUGGAGGUCACCGAAACCAUUAAGGACUGGGUGUCAGAUCCAGAGAACAAUCUUGGACUGAAGUUGGGCGUCCACUGUCCCUGCUGUACCUUUGUCCCCUCCACCAACAACAUUGUUCCCAACAAGAGUGAGGAGCUGGAGGCUCUCUUUGCAGGCCUGGAUGAUGAGAGGCUUCGCCAGAUAAGAAAGCCUGGUCAGGUUAAAGGCCAGGCAGAUUUCAGCACCAAGACGCCACACCUCAUCCUCACCGUGUUGCCCAGUGACAGAGUGGACAACCCUGCCAAGAAGAACCGCAAGAAGAGAGCAGCCGCCACAGACACCACAACCUGCUCCCGUGGCUCCGACCAGGGCUGCUGCCUGCGCUCACUCUACAUUGACUUCAGGCGUGACCUCAACUGGAAAUGGAUUCACGAGCCCAAAGGUUACAAAGCCAACUUCUGUGCCGGGAACUGUCCUUACCUCUGGAGUGCCAACAACCACUAUAACAUGAUCCUGCCCCUGUACAACAAGAUGAACCCCGAGGCCUCUGCCUCGCCCUGCUGUGUUCCUCAGGACCUGGAGCCCCUCACUAUUAUGUACUUCAUAGGCCGCACCCCACGUGUUGAGCAACUCUCCAACAUGGUCGUCAAAUCCUGCAAGUGCCGCUGAGUUCAGAGGAAGAGGUGAGCGAGGCAAAGAGGAGGACAAGGAUCACAGGACCUUAACUACAAACUGGCUUCUUUCAGGGGGGGAAUAAAGACGAGAGGACAGAUGGAUCGUUUGCUCAUUAAUCUUCGCCGUUUGAUCACUUAUAGCAGACUUUUGAGGUGUUAUAUUUUUAUGCUUCCUGACUGAAAUAUCAGGAUUUUGCUCCCAUUCUUUACAGGCAUGAAAACUUUAUUUUUCUUCAUUCUCUGGAACUUUUCCAUUUGAUAUAGGACACUGUAAAUAUGGCAACAUAGCUGUAUUAAACCUGUACUUGGAUAUUAAAAGGGGUGUUGUGUGACUUGGCUACAUUU